ACAGAUGCCACGUACUACCUCAAACAGCAGAUCCAUCCUGUGGUCACGCGUCUGUGCGAUCCCAUCCAGGGCACAGACACGCGCAUGAUUGCCGAGUGCCUGGGCCUGGAUGCGUCCAGCUACCAUGUCAAGCAGGAGCAGGAAGAGGAAGACGAGCUUAUCUACAAACGCACACAGAUAUCCGACGCCGAGAAGUACAGGGACGCGGACGGGCUUUCUGUGAAGUGUCCCAGCUGUGGCACCGCCAAUGAGAUCACUGGGAUUUUCAGCGGAGAUAUCAGUAGCAUGGGCGAGGAUGUACGCUGUGCUAUGGCGUGUGUGAGCUGUGCAAAGGCUAUGCCGCCUGCGUUCCUAUGUAAUACAUUAACGCUGCUGAUCCGUGCGGCGAUAACUAAGUACUAUCAGGGUUGGCUGCUAUGCGACGAGCAAGCGUGCAGGAAUCGUACGCGCUACGUGUCCGUAUGUGGCAGGAGGUGCUCGGUACCCUACUGCCGCGGUACUAUGUCGCCAGAGUAUUCUGCACACCAGCUGUUCACCCAACUGGCGUACUACCAGUACCUGUUUGAUCUGCCGCUGCUAUUGAAGAAGUCGCCCUCCGCCGCCACCAGUGCAGGGAACAACGCAAUGUCACGCGAUGGUGUUGAGCGCAUAACAUCGUCAUUUAAGGAUGACAUCAGCCGAGUGCACGCGCAUGUUACGACAUUUAUUCAAAAGAACGCCAGGACAUACGUGGACCUUGCACAGUUGUUCGGGUCACUGACAAUGGCCAUUAAUGCCCCGAAAAUGGCACCGGGUGCACACUGAUAGUUAGUAGGUAAAUAUAUAAAUAUAGUCAGCAAGAACGUGAAACUGAGGUAUCCCGUAUGAGCCUGUCACGGCUUACAAAAGGUCUUAUUAAUUAGGUUACAUAUCGCAAUCAAGUAAUGUACAGAGUCAUAGCCUCUCAUGCGCGCACGUGAUUUCGUAUGGCAGGGGCCUUGAAUACCCAACAGGAUUACCUAUAUACGCAUAUAAAAUAAACAUUCGC